CACACCAGCCGAUGCAGACUCCGGCCCGCAAGCCCCGCCUCCCGGGCCCAGCUGAUCCCGCGCCGCCCUGCAGGCCCCACACCUCGGCCCCGCGGAGCCGCACGCCGUCCGCGCUCGCCAACCCCGCGCCGCCGACCUAGGUCCGGACCGCGCACCUCGGGCGGCGCGCGCGCCGGGAGGGGAGCGGGAGGCGGGGCGGCCUACGCGGUGCGGCGGAGCAGUAAGUGGCGCGGCCCCGCCGCGGCCAUGGAGGUCUACAUCCCGUCCUUUCGCCACGAGGACAGCGAUCUGGAGCGCGGCUACACGGUGUUUAAAAUAGAAGUGUUAAUGAAUGGAAGAAAACAUUUUGUUGAGAAACGGUACAGCGAAUUCCAUGCGCUGCACAAAAAGCUUAAGAAAUGUAUAAAGACUCCAGAAAUCCCUUCUAAACACGUCAGGAACUGGGUCCCCAAAGUCCUGGAACAACGGCGGCAAGGCCUGGAAACGUAUUUACAGGCCGUCAUUUUGGAAAAUGAAGAGCUUCCCAAACUCUUCCUUGACUUCCUCAAUGUAAGACACUUGCCGUCUCUACCAAAAGCAGAAAGCUGUGGAUCUUUUGAUGAGACAGAAUCUGAAGAGUCAAGCAAGCUGUCCCACCAGCCGGUGCUGCUGUUCCCUGGGGAUCCAUACGUCUUGCCUGCAGCCAGCGACUUUCCAAAUGUGGUCAUCGAAGGAGUUCUUCAUGGGAUAUUUUUCUCUCACCUGCAGCCCAGGUAGAAACCCUACCCAGCUGGAAGAAGCUGAAGCAAGUGUCAAUGCCAAUGGCAAGAAAAUCGAUCUCUCUACCAAGUUAACCGAAACUAUGCGUGCGACACAAUAGCUCUAGCUAGUGGGAAAAUUCACAGUCCUAGCUUCUUUUGGAACAGGGACAUUUCUAUUAGAAUGGUGCUUUUAAAAUUAGAAACUGAACCAGGGCUGGGUCAGUUUAAGACCAAUUAUUUGAGAAGUGAAAGGGAGAUUACAAGGGAAGUCAGGAAAAAAAGGCCAGAGUGGAUUACCGGGAGCACCGAGCGUCACAAAACAGAGCCAGCCUCUGCUUCAGUCUCACUAUCUGCUAAUUGGAAAUCAUAUCCUGAGUCACGAUGACACUGAGCAACUUCGGGGGCCUUUUGUUCAGAUGUUGGACAGGCUCAGCUCUGCUCAGUGAGAGUUAUCUCAGCGGGGGAUACUGUAUUCUGGAGUGCGGGCACCUGAAGAGUAUCCUGGAACCCAUUGUGCCGGACUGAAGAUUCAGUUGUACUGACAGUAGAACACAUUUUUGUUUCCAUUACAGUGGGGAUGCCUCUCACCUACAGAUUAGCUGACCGUGUCAGUGCUUGAGAUGAGAUGGGGUAUUAGGACACCCCUUGAGAGCACUCUAGAAGGCUGUACCAGAAGUCUGUCCUCCCUCAUUCUCUCCCUCUAGUAUUGGAAAGUAUGAGUGUUCCUCUGAAGACCACCUGACACCCCUGUCGAAGUUCCAGGGGCCGGUCCAUAUAGAAAGUACGUACUCUAAACACUAAAAUCAGACUGCAAAAUUCUUGUCCCGCAGGAGUGGGACGUGGGGUCACAGUGGCCACAAUAGAACCAGACAGUCUGUUUGUGACAGGGUUUCCUCAAUGGUGUAUACCCACUCCGCUGUCACAGGCUCUGGUUGCUUGUUCAGGUUCCUCUUCACUGACUUCAUGUAUGGAUUAAAGUGAGUUAGAUGUUCGAUGCUGUCUCUCCACUGGAUGUCACACAGACGGUCAUCUUUCACUUAGUGAUGGAGCAGAGCAUAUGUCCUACCUGUGUGUAUGUGCUGAUGAACAGCCUACUUACGGUUAUGAAUUUUCAUAAAUUUAAAUGUGGGAGAAAAUAUUUACAAUUAAAAUACCAUGUCAUGAAUUUUUAUUAGAGUCUAAACUUACAGAUUGACAGCCUGCUGCAAACUUUUAAAAAAAAUAACAUUUUUAUGAUGAAUUAUGUAAUCACAUGUUGGAAAUAAAGUAACCAAGUGUUAUCAAAAAAAAAAAAAAAAAAAAA